AUGAAUGCAUCCCACGCGACCAAGUUUCGUCACGUGGAGAGCACGCGACUCGCCUCUGCGUCCAGAGUCUUGACGCACUUGCCCGUGUCUAUUCCAAGUGCCAGUUCUGAACGUCCCGCUCUUGCAGCGACUUCCGCUCACUUGGCAUUUGUUCAGUCGGAAGAUACUCAUGGCGGCUCAAUCCAAGUGGAAGCUCUGAGUGGGAUGGACGCAGCUGAAACAGAGAGUCAGAAGUCUACAGAGACGCGGCCGCUGUCGUGCGCGCACUCAAGACGAGACGCGUGA